UAGGUAGAGGUCAGAGUAAACAACUGAGGAGUCGUCAUCAUGGCAGACAUAUUCAGUCGUGAGGAUGCAAAGAGCCUACUGAAGAAGAAAGUGGUACUAAUGAUGGGAGACUCCAAUAUGCGAGCAUUUUAUAAAGAUCUUAUUCGCCUGCUUGUGGAGGGUGACAUCACACCAUCUCAGGCCUUCCGUCGAGGAGGCCCUAAGAGAGCUUCACAUUGUGGUGAUGAGGUGCUCGACAUAUCUCAGAAUGAUAGAGCUGGACGAGAUUAUGUUGAAACACGACAAUAUAAGGAUGAUGAUACCUUGGUCCGUUUUCACUUCCUAACACGCGUGUACUCCUCCGUAGUUAAGAAGGAGUUGACAGCUAUUGAAGAUGGAUCAAUUCCCAUACCACAUGUUGUAAUAGUAAAUUCCUGCCUCUGGGAUAUUACCAGGUGGGGAGCUAUGCAGGAAGACCAGUACAAGGAAGACAUGGUGCGUUUAUUCCAACAUCUGCGUCGUUUGUUACCCGAUGAUACUUUGAUCAUUUGGACGACAACGUUACCUGUCUCAACAGAAAAAAUCAAGGGAGGAGUCUUCAUCAAGCAGAUACAGUUCAUGAAACACAGUAUGCGGUUUAUAAUCCUGGAAGCCAAUAAAUUCGCCCAGCAAUUGUGUAUGUCAUUUGAAAUAGACCUACUAGACCUCCACUAUCAUAUGCGAUUUCAAUUGCACUGGCGAGCCAGUGAUGGCUUGCACUGGGAGCCUGUAGCAGUGAGACAUAUGGUCAACUUAAUCCUCACACACACAGCUCUGUGUUGGGACAAACCACUGCCGGGUAACUUCACCGGAACUUAUGUACAAGAUGCUGAAAGGCGUAUUAAAGAAGAAUCACUGGAGGAGAAGGGAGAAAUUAAACUAGACCAGAAGAUUCAUGAGUUUUUACAGAAGAAGUCACAAGAAGAGGGACCCAAAAAGCAAUCCCGAACUUCCUUAGGAGACUCUGUUAAUAGCCAACAACAAGUAAAGAAGCAAAGCACCAGAGUUCCAGUUAGAGCUCCUUGUUAUGAAACAGAAGAUAAAAAGAAACCCUCUACAGUUAAUAAAAAGAAGCUCUUUAGAGUUAAAAACAAAAAAAAGACUUGGAGAGCAAACUUUUCUGGUGGUUCCCAUCCCCAGCAGAUGAACUUAUUUGGCAGUUCCCAUCCCCAGCAGAUGAACUUUUCUGGUGGUUCCCAUCCCCAGCAGAUGAACUUUUCUGGUGGUUCCCAUCCCCAGCAGAUGAACUUUUCUGGCAGUUCCCAUCCCCAGCAGAUGAACUUUUCUGGCAGUUCCCAUCCCCAGCAGAUGAACUUUUCUGGCAGUUCCCAUCCCCAGCAGAUGAACUUUUCUGGUGGUUCCCAUCCCCAGCAGAUGAACUUUUCUGGCAGUUCCCAUCCCCAGCAGAUGAACUUUUCUGGUGGUUCCCAUCCCCAGCCGGUGAACUUCUCUCAACAUAACAUGAACAGAAUCACCCAAGUUCAAGAUGCAACCAUCCAAAACUUUAACCCAUGGGUAAGCAACAGUAGUACAUCAUUUAGACAAAGUUUAAAUGCUUGUGCAGGAGAUGAUCAGAAUGCAAUGUUCCAUGGAGCCCCACGACGGUCUGAUUUUAGGAGCAGAACACAUAAUUACCAAUUCCCUUCUCAGCAAACUUCCAGGACCCAUGACUACCAUAUGAAUACAUAUUCUAGUUUUCCUUUACCUUGUAAUGUACAUGAGGAAGCUUCUACCAGCCCCUGGUCACACCAGCAUUCUAAUGAACACACUGCAUAUCCAUUUUGGCAAGAUUAUCCAGUAUCUGACUUUCCUUGGAAUAACUGA